AUGGUUCUACAACUGCAUGUAUGGGGCCCGGCCUUUUCCCUACCUUCAAUUGACGCACAAUGCCUUGCUGCAAUUGCAUACUGUUCCGAGGUCCUCCCUAAAGACUCGUGGGAGCUAAUCGCGAGUAGCGAUCCUUCUGUGUCCCCAACAGGUGAGCUCCCUGCCCUCCAGAAUGGCUCUGUCUGGGUGAGCCGGUUCCGCAAUAUUGUGGACUACCUCCGCCAAUACUCGGAGGGCGCAUGGAACCUGGAUCAAAACCUAGACGACGUGCAAAAAGCCGAUAGCGUUGCCUUCUCCUCCUUCAUCGAAUCCCGCGGCCAAUCCCUCAUCGACCUCUACCUCUACGUAACCAGUCAGAACUACUAUACCAACACAUCCCCAGCCUACGGCUCUCUCCUCCAAUGGCCAAACCAAUGGAUCCUCCCACCAAAGCUCCACGCCGCCGCAAAAACCCGCACCGAACACCUCGGCCUAUCCUCGCUAGACCUACAAGCAAUGGAAGACCAACGCAAACGCGAGCACUCCGCCGCCGUAGCAUCCGGCCAAAUCCCUAGCAACCUGAUCCAGCAGCCCCACGACACAGUCUCCAAACUCCUGGGCCGCACAGCGCAAACCAACCAAUUCCGCCUGGAAGCCCUAACAGCCGACUUCUUCGAGCCACUCGAAGCAAUGCUCGCCCGCAGCAAGACCUGUCUCCUCCCCGCCGAUGACAACAACAACCCCUCCUCGCUGGACUGCGUCGCGCUGGGCUACCUGUCGCUAGCACUCGUACCGGAUCUAGCCUUCCCCUGGCUGCGCGACGCGAUUCGCGCAAAGGCCCCCUGCUGGCGGCUGCCAGCCGCCCUGCCAUGGCGCGCACCGGAGCGCAUCUCUGUCGCAGCGGUUGGCACUACACUUCUCGGCACAUUGGCGGAUAACACGCCGUUCUUGCGCGAGGUGCGCCAGAAUAGACGGCUGAAGCAGGCCGUUGAGGCUGAUUCGGAGUUUAGCUCGGUGGAGAAGCAGGUCCUGUCUUCGUAUGCGGAUUCUAGUAACAAGGAUAUGUUGCUUUCUAUUGCGACUGCUGUGGCGGGGACGGCUGCUCUCGUUGGUUAUAUGGUGCAUGUGGGUUUGCUUUCUUUUUCGACUGGGGGUGUUGAGGAAGAAGAGCAAUUCGAGGAAGAUGCGGGUGUAUUGCAGAUUGAUCCUGGGUCUGCUUCUGACUUCCUCGGCGCCUUCUAA